GUGAUGUGUUUAGCCCCAGCUGGGCGCGUCUGGGGGGCCGUGCCAGCUGCUGUGUGCUCGGCCUGGGAACGGAUGGGGCCCGGGUGUGAAGGAGGCAGGGAGGGGACGGCGCUGGCUCCGGCUGGAGAGUCGAGCGGCUGUGUGAGCAUGUUCAGUGGCGGGGGAGCAGCAGACUGCUAAGGAGCCGGAGCCAUCGCGCCGGCAGGCUGCACUGGCAAGCAGCCCCGGAGACGGGCACACAAUGGGCUGCUGAGCAGCUGCCGCGUGGGUGGCCAGCGAGGGGGGGCGCAGCCCAGAGACGGGGUCCCAGGCCACAUUCCAUCGCCACAGUGAUCUGGGGCUGUGGUUGCCAGUGCCUGCGAUUGGUGGGAGCAGGGUCCUGCUCUGGCCGCGCCGGGUGCAGGGAGAGCCCGGGACCUGGCUGCCAGACAGCUGAGCAUGGGCGGGCACCGCGGGCAGCCCAGGCAAGGGAGGGCAGCAGGGAGCCCAAGCGUCUGCCCCGGGGCUGGGGCGUGAGGGACUGCCGGGCACAGGGACUGAAGCCGCCAUGAGGGCCUGCUCACAGGGCAGCAUGGGGGCCGAGCGGCUCUCCAGCCUCCAGGUCUUUGCCAACAACUCCUCGCUGCACGGCAUCAGCCACAUCUUCCGGCACGGCUCGCUCUCGCUGCGCCGCGUGCUCUGGGCCCUCUUCUUCCUGGGCUCGCUGGGGCUGCUGCUGCUGGUCUGCAUGGAGCGCGUCACCUACUUCUUCACCUACCCGCACGUCACCAAGCUGGACGAGGUGGCCGCGCCCAACCUGACCUUCCCCGCCAUCACCAUCUGCAACCUCAACGAGUUCCGCUUCUCUCGCAUCACCCGCAACGACCUGUACCACGUGGGCCAGCUGCUGGCCCUGCUCAGCGACCGCUACGAGAUCCGCAGCCCCCACCUGGCCGAACCCCAGCUGCUGGCCGCCCUGCGGGACAAGGCCAACUUCCGGAACUUCAGAGCCAAGCCCUUCGACAUGGCCGACUUUUACAACCGCACGGGCCACGACAUGGCCGAGAUGCUGCUGCAGUGCAGCUUCCGUGGCAGCGACUGCACCGCCCAGAACUUCACCGCGAUCUUCACACGCCUGGGGAAGUGCUACACCUUCAACGCAGGGGUGCCGGGCAACGAGCUCCUCACCACCGUCAAGGGUGGCUCCGGCAACGGGCUGGAGCUCAUGCUGAACAUCCAGCAGGAGGAGUACCUGCCCGUCUGGGGGGAGAGCGAUGAGAUCUCCUACGAAGCCGGGGUCAAGGUGCAGAUCCACAGCCAGGAGGAGCCGCCCUUCAUCGACCAGCUGGGCUUCGGUGUGGCACCCGGCUUCCAGACCUUCGUGUCCUGCCAGCAGCAGAGGCUGGUCUACCUCCCGCCCCCCUGGGGGGACUGCAAAUCUACCCCCAUUGAAUCCGACUUCUUCACUAGCUACAGCAUCACGGCCUGCCGCCUGGACUGCGAGACCCGCUACCUGGCCGAGAACUGCAACUGCCGCAUGGUGCACAUGCCUGGGAACGCCAACGUGUGCACGCCAGAGCAGUACAAGGAGUGCGCCGACCCUGCCCUGGACUUCCUGGUGAAGAAGGACAGCGAAUUCUGCCUGUGCCGCACACCCUGCGACAUGGUGCGCUACGGCAAAGAGCUCUCCAUGGUCAAGAUCCCCAGCAAGGCCUCAGCCAAGUACCUGGCCAAGAAAUACAACAAGAGCGAGCAGUACAUCUCGGACAAUGUGCUGGUGCUGGACGUUUUCUUUGAAGCCCUGAACUAUGAGACCAUCGAGCAGAAGAAAGCAUAUGAGGUGGCAGGGCUGCUGGGGGACAUCGGGGGCCAGAUGGGGCUGUUCAUCGGGGCCAGCAUCCUCACCAUCCUGGAGAUCUUCGACUACCUGUACGAGGUGUUUCGGGACAAACUCCUCAGCUUUUACAAGAACAAGAAGAGACCCCAGAGGAGCAACAGCGACAACCUGAGCACCUGUAACACACUGCGGAGCCACUCGGACAGUCUCGGCUACACCUCGAACAUGCUACCUCGGCACCCGGCUCUUGGCAACUUCGAGGAAUUUGCCUGCUGACGGGGCGGCUGCGCCUUGCAGUCCCAGCCCACCAGCCCCUCACCUCCAACAAGAUUCAAGCUGCUCCGGCCAGGCAGCCACGGCUUGGCAGUGGAGAGGGCAUGGGGGAAGGGGCCAGGCAGCCACGGCUUGGCAGUGGAGAGGGCAUGGGGGAAGGAGACAUCAGCAGUGGUGCAGUCCUGGGCUUGCACAUGCUGGGCUCAGUGGGGCCUGGGGCAAGCUGUGGCUCCGUGCACAGCCCCUACCCAGGGAACUCAAGCUCGGGUUUCCCUCCUGCCCCAUGAGGAGUGGGGGAUUGGGGUCCCCAAGGGUCAGCCCCUCUGCGGGCAGGGGGGUGCUGAGCCCAGCAUUGGAGGGCCCUGGCCCACCCCAGGGAUGGAAGGCAGCACCUCCGACAAGCCAGGGUGCCUGGCUGCCUCCCAGUGUCCCCGCCAUGGCAGAGAGCAGAGCCAGCUCUCCCUUUCCCAGCGAGCCUCUACCCCAUCCCCUGCCUGCAACCCCUCCCCGGGGAGCCACCCCCAGGGCUCCCCAGCCCCAGGGCACCAGCACCCUCACAACUCACUCAGGACGGCUAAGCCCUGGGGCUGGGCAGGGCUUGCACUCCUGGUCUUCCAGGGCCCUGCAACGGGGACAGGCAGGGGGUGGCCUCGGGCCCCUGUGCUGGAGCUGGGAGGCCCCAGGGCCUGACCAGGCCCUUUAUGCUAGUGACCCCGUCUGACACUCCCGCUGGCCACGUAUCUGCAUGAGCUGCUUGGAGCACCCCCCGCCUGCGCCCCUUGCCCAUCUGUGCCCCCCCAGCAUAGAGACAGCUGCAGCUUGCACCUCUCCAGCCUAGCGCGGAUCCCGUGUAACAUUAAAAACCCGCCUGGCGGUUCCGACUUCCCACCUCUUCCUGGUCAAUUCCAGGCUGGGAGGGCUCGAAGCAGGAGGCGUCACUGGGGGGAGGAGGAGGCAGGGCGGGACAGG